AUGCCUACCGAAGCCGAAGCCGCCGAUACGGCGAAACCUACUGACGGCGCCACAACGUCACAUCAAGAAGAUAAAGCCGAGAAACAAAAGAAUGAUCUUGAACAUUCAUCUAAAAAGAACUCUUCAGAGACUGAGUCUGAGAACUCGAUAGCAAACAAGACAGAAGCCGAAGAUGCGGCAUCGAAAAACCAAGACAGACUUCAGAGAUUCAAGGCCCUCCAGGCAAGAGCAAAAACGGCAGUGAAAAAUAAUUUAAAGGAGACUGCGGCGGAAGCCCAUCGUUUAUCUGUCGACCCCAACGCUCUAUCUUCCAUAUCGCGCAAGCAUGCCUUUGCAUCCCACAGCUUGCUAAAAGCAGACAUAGAAACUGCUGGUGAAGAUUUCGAACGGAAACGUGCGUGGGACUGGACUGCUGAGGAAUCUGAGAAGUGGGAUCGGAGAAUGGAUAAGAAACAAAAGCACCGGGACAAUGUUGCAUUUCAGGAUUACCGUCAGGAUGCCCACAAGAACUAUAAGAGACAGCUUCGACGUAUGCAGCCAGACCUGGAGGCAUAUGAAAACGAGAAGGCAGCGGCAGUGCAGCGUGCAGCUGCCAAUGGUGGACUUGAAAUAAUUGAAGAUGAGAAUGGAGACAUCGUUGCUAUCGACAAAAACGGGGCAUUUUACUCCACUGCUGAUUCAACAGACUUCGUGGAGAACAGGCCAGACAGGGCCGCUAUUGACAGGCUAGUAGCUGACAUGCAGAAGGCGGAGGAAACCCGUCUUAAGAAGCGUAGGGAACGUGGUCAGGGCGAUGAUGAUGCUGACGUUACCUACAUCAAUGACAAGAACAAGCGUUUCAACCAGAAAUUGGCGAGGUUUUACAAUAAGCUUCGAAAGAGGGACGAUGAUAUAACUAAACCGGAUUAA